UUGACAUUCAUGGAUGUGGUAAUAAAAUUUUCUCCAGAAGAGUGGCAAUUCCUGCACACUGCACAGCAGAAUUUAUAUAGGGAUGUGAUGUUAGAGAACUACAGAAACCUGGUCUUCCUGGAUUUGAUCACCUGUCUGGAGCAAGGAAAAGAGCCCUGGAAUAUGAAAAGACACAAGAUGGUAGCCAAACCCCCAGUUGUGUAUUCUCAUUUUGCCCAAGACCUUUGGCCAGAGCAGGGCAUAAAAGAUUCUUUCCCAAAAGUAAUACUGAGAAGAUAUGGAAAAUAUGGACAUGGCAAUUUACAAUUAAGAAAAGGCUGUGAAAGUGUGGAUGAGUGUAAGAUGCACAAAGGAGGUUAUGAUGAACUUAAGCAAUGUUUGAUAACUACCCGGAACAAAAUAUUUCAGUGUGAUAAAUAUGUAAAAGUCUUUCAUAAAUUUUCAAGUUCAAAUAGCCAUAAGAUAAGACAUACUGGAAAUAAUUCUUUCAAAUGUAAAGAAUGUGGCAAAUCAUGUUGCAUGCUUUCACACCUAACUCAGCAUGAAAGAACUCAUACUAGAGUGAAUCAUUACAAAUGUAAAGAAUGUGGCAAAGCCUUUAGUAUGCCCUCAAGUCUUAAUAAUCAUAAGAGAAUUCAUACUGGAGAGAAACCCUACAAAUGUGAAGAAUGUGGCAAAGCUUUAAAUACCUUUAAAAUACGUAUCUAGCCACACAUGGCCAUUCAUACUGGAGAGAAACCCUACAAAUGUGAAGAAUGUGGCAAAGCCUUUAACCGAUCCUCAUCCCUUACUAUACAUAACAGAAUUCAUACUGUAGAAAAACCUUACAAAUGUAAACAAUGUGGCAAAGGUUUUAGCCAGUCCUCAUCCCUUACUAAACAUAAGAUAAUUCAUACUACAGAGAAACCCUACAAAUGUGAAGAAUGUGGCAAAGCCUUUAACAAGUCCUCAAUUCUUAACAUACAUAAGAUGAUUCAUACUAAAGAGAAACCACAAACCUUAAAGAUUUGACAAUGCUUUUUACGAAAUCUCAAACUUUUUAAAAUAUGAAAGCGAUCAUGCUGGUGAGAGAGAACUAGAAAUGUGAAGGAUACGACAAAGCCUUUAAAGGCUAU